AUGGAAAGAUUCAAUCUUGACCGUCAGAGCUUCCAGCCAUUCGUGGAAGACUACAGUGACCAUCUCUCAAUCAUUGUUCCCGAUCAAACCCUUGCCGACCAGCCAGCGGAGCGUGAGAAUCGACGCGCACUGGGCUUCAUUCAGUACGAAAAAAAGACAGGCAGAAUCACGAUCGCAAAUCCAUGCAUGCAACUACCCAUCAAUGCUCUAGCUAUGGGAUUCUCAACCAAAGAUGUCCACGGUGCCCACGACCAUCUUGUGGGACGUCACGGCGAAGGUCUCAAGCUGGCGGUCCUGGUUCUCUCUCGAGAUAGCUACAACGUGAGUAUCACCGCAAGUGGUUGCAAUUGGAGGUUUGACAUGCACACAGACGCAUCGGUUUCUUGUACUGUCGCACCGUCUCAGAAAACCAAGUCGAUCGAGUGGACCGAUCCUGCCUUCGACAUGGCAAGCCUACGAUACCAUGUGGGGAGGGACGUGGCAGUGGUGAUCGGCGUGAGGCGGGCCAAGUCAGGCCAACCAGUCGCGCUAGACGCGUUUUUGAAUUGGCUCCGUUUGACGACGAUAGACGUUCGCGGGCUCACCUACCCUGCCGGUAUCAUUUCCACACCACAUGGCGACUUAAUUCUUGAUCCCCAGCUGCGAGGUCAGCUGUAUCACAAUGGGAUCGCCUUGACCAAUUCUACCGUGGGCGGCGCAUUCCUCUUCGCGUACAAUUUUGCCUCUUGGACCACCUGCCGCGACCGUUGCGGACUGGCAUCCUGGUGGGAUGCGGCUCGCCAAGUGCAACGGAUAUGGGAGGAAGCUCUACGCAAGCAGGAAGACAUAAUCUUGCCUCUACUUGUCGAUCUCCUGCGGAGGCACGCCCGUUCUGCCGACGCCGAGAUGAUAGGCCCUCUUUUAGAGCCACCGGCGGUGCGUCGGAUCUGGCAAUACCUGCUGCGCGAGUCAGCAGAUAAGGAAUUCUUUUACAGCGAGAGGAGCAAUGAUCAAAUCGCGAACACCAUCCGGGACAGCCUCGGCAAGCGCCCGGCACGCCUGCCGGACACGCUGUGGCAGAUGCUGCGUGCCCACAGCCCAAUCCGGACCGUCGAAGAGGAGCAGCAAGAGCUGUUUAAGGAUGCAAAGCCCUGCACCAUCCCGGAUACCACAUUCGCGAGAGCAGUCGACCGAGCGCUGCGAGCCUGCUUCGCUCUGCUGAGGUUCACCGACCAUAUUCAGGUAGUCUACAUCCGAGGCUCGACCGGCAAAGUCGACGUAUACUUUGACAAGGGACAGGAACGUGGACACCAUCCGGGACAGCCUCGGCAAGCGCCCUGUCCGCCUUCCCGACACGUUGUGAACAUGCUGCGUGCCCACCCUAUCCGAACCGUCGAAGAAGAGCGACAAGAGCUGUUCAAGGGCGCGAGGCCCUGCGCCGUCCCGGUCACAACAUCCGCGAGAACAGUCGACGGAGCGUUGCGAGCCUGCUUUGCUCUGCUGAAAUUCACUGACCAUAUUCAGGUAGUCUACGUCCAAGGCUCGACCGGCAAAGUCGACUUAUACUUUGAUAAGGGACAGGAAUCCUUUCGCACGCUCGGCUCCAGCGGCCCGGAAUACCACGUUGUACUUCAUGAUGACAAUUGUGCAAAUGCUGAGACGGCGCUUCUCCACGAUAAAGCAGCCCUCCCCAACGACGUGGUGCCCUGUGGUUGCCGCCAGCAGUUCGCUCGUCAGACGCACCGAAUGUGCCUCUUUACCGGUCUGUCGCACACAUCGACAUAUUCUGCCAUGAUUGCGCUGAACGAGGAUCGAGCUUUUUAUGGGGUGCCGUCUGAUCGACUAUCGCCGGGGUUGUAUGAGAGGGUGGAACCCCUCUCCUAG